UCUUGGACAUUUAGACUAGGGUUUUGCUGGAGGGUUUCUCUUGUAGAAUCCCAUGUGAUUCUGUAAGAGAGAUAAAAGAGGGAGAUAGUUUUCACUUUACAUUUACAGACAGAGAGAGAAAGAGAGAGUUGAAGAAGGGAAGGAAUAAAACAAUGGAAGCUAGAGUGGGUGUGGUGGUUGAAGGAGGACAGAGAGCUCGGAGUUCACCAACUCAGGUAUUUCAGCAACCGAGGCAGAGCCAAGCAACACGCUCACAAACACAGACACCCAAUCAGAUUGGAACGGUGCAACAGCUUCUCGCCGGUGGUAUCGCCGGAGCUUUCAGCAAGACCUGCACCGCUCCUCUUGCUCGACUCACAAUCCUCUUUCAGGUGCAAGGUAUGCACUCUGAUGUUUCAGCACUGAGCAAGGCUAGCAUAUGGCGUGAGGCUUCCCGAAUUAUCAAUGAAGAAGGGUUCAGAGCAUUUUGGAAAGGCAAUCUGGUCACAAUUGCUCAUCGUCUUCCUUAUUCUUCAGUCAGCUUCUAUGCUUAUGAACGCUACAAGAAUUUGUUGCAUUCGAUUCUUGGGGAAAAUCGUAGGGGUAAUAUGAGUUCAGAUGUUUGUGUGCACUUUGUAGGUGGUGGGUUGGCGGGAAUAACAGCUGCCUCUGCUACAUAUCCGCUGGAUCUUGUGAGGACACGUCUUGCAGCACAGACAAAUGCAACUUACUACAGAGGUAUCUGGCAUUCAUUUCAUACCAUUUGCAGAGAUGAAGGUUUUAUGGGCUUGUAUAAGGGACUUGGACCGACACUUUUAGGUGUUGGACCUAGUAUAGCAAUAAGCUUUUCUGUUUAUGAGACCUUGAGAUCGCUUUGGCAGUUGAAUAGGCCUGAUGAUUCCCCUGCCAUGGUCAGUCUUGCUUGUGGCAGUCUUUCAGGCAUUGCAUCAUCAACAGCAACAUUCCCUUUGGAUCUUGUGAGGCGAAGGAUGCAAUUGGAGGGUGCUGGUGGUCGAGCCCGUGUUUAUAAUACUGGCUUGUUUGGGACAUUGGGGAACAUAAUGAAGAGUGAAGGCCUACGUGGCUUGUAUAGAGGGAUUAUACCAGAAUACUUAAAGGUUGUUCCCAGUGUAGGCAUUGUCUUCAUGACUUACGAGACAUUAAAGAUGCUUCUAUCGCGCAUCCCAUGAAGUUUGCAGUUGCCUAUAAAAUUUCACGUUUACUGCCAUUGAUUGUGGCCAUUAAAGUCAAACUCUAUUCUCCUCUCCAAUAUGGAAGGUGCUUCAUAAAAGAUACAAGGUAGGUAGAGAAAGUUCCGUGGUGUCUGUCUUUUGAGAAAUUGUGGUGGUAAAUUUUGUCCUUGCUGCCAUGAGCCCAUAUUUUUUCAUGUAUAGGUAGUUAGCACAAUGAGGAACAUCAACUGUACCCAAUUCCAAUAUGAUUAGGUCGUGACAUGAUAGUAUUCAUUGGUGAUCAUAAUAUCACUAAAGUUUUGUUCAGUUUUGUUGUCGCAACUUGUUUGUUACUUGUCUGUCUCUGCAUAUUUACUAACUAUUUAUGCUAUCAAUGUAUCUGAAUGUGUCCCAUUUCACUGGGAAAUUAUUUUUGUUUAUUAAGAUAGUGUUUUAAA